UUUCAAACAACAAACUGAUAACGCGAUCUAUUUAUUUAUUAUUUGGCACUAAACUGUAUAUUUUUCGAUUUAUACAGUUCGCUUCUUGUGCAUAAUUUAUGAAUGGAUCAAAUGUCUAUUUGUUUAUUUCUGUCUUAUAUUUUAUUGUAAUAAUCGGUCGGUGUGAAGCUACGAUUGUUACAGUAAGGUAUAUUAUUUGGCAGAGUUAUAAUAGUCGGUCGGUGUGAAGCUACGAUUGUUAUAACGAUGCAUUGUAAAUUUAUUAAACUCUAAGAAUAAUAAAGUAGUUAAAUUAAAUAUUGAGGCUGCGGACAGAUAAAAUGUAUAAUUUUCAUUAGUAAAUUCAAUAAUAAAUUCAUAAUAAUUUUUCUUAAGAAUAAUGCGCAUAAAGGCUUUACUUUUAAGUUUAAGUAUAGUUAUUUGGUAUCGGUAUGUAGAGAAUUUUACAAGCACUAACAUUUUAACAUUGAUUAUUUCACACAAAAUUUCAUUUAACCUUCAUUUACAAUAAACAGAAUGCUUGGAAAAUUCGACACAAAUUGGCGUGCGCGUUAGCAACGGUAUUUGCGUGAACCACGGUUGUAGAGGAGAGGGCGUAGGCGGACCGAAGGGCCUGACCUACGAUACAUAGGAGGAGAGAUGCGGAAAAUCGGCGUAAGUGAGGGAAAGCUGAAAUAUAACGGCUUCUCUCACUCGCUAAUUUUCGGCAUCUAGGCGGAACGAGACCCCAACAACAUCGAGGAGGGAGGAUUCUAGGCCCUUCGUGCUGCUGAACUUCAGUAUUCAAGAUCACUUCGGUCCCGGCUCUCAGUCAGCACGGUUAGAUUCGUGCUAGUACGCGAAUAGUUAGAUUCACGCGCUUGUACGCUUAGCAUUAGAUUUGCGCUAAGUCGCAUAAAUUUUAUUAAAAUAUAAAUCAAAUCAAAUAGAAUUUGCGUGUGUUCGGUGUUUUUAUUUGUCAAACCCAACAUCUUUCAACGAGGUCCAGUCAACAGCAAAUAAAAAUGAGUCAGCAAAAAAAUACUGGAGCGUUGGAGCCUGGUGUUGCUGCCGAAAAUCUUCGACGGAAAAUGUCACUGAACCAUAAGGUCUCUUUCUACCACAAGCAAGGGACUCUGAACAACGGACAUCACAGAAGUGGGCUGCGUAAAACUGAACCACCUUUGCCUGGAGUGCGUAAAGCACAACCAACGCUGCCUAGAGUGCGUGAAGCACAAGUGCCUCCUCCGCCUGGAGUGCGUAAAGCACAGCCAACGCUGCCUGGAGUGCGUGAAGCACGAGUGUCUCCUCUGUCUGGAGUGCGUAAAGCACAACCAACGCUGCCUGGAGUGCGUGAAGCACAAGUGCCUCCUCCGCCUGGAGUGCGUAAAGCACAGCCAUCUAUGUCUACGAAGUUGAAAGCACAGCCACCUCGGCAUGCAGUGCGUACAGCACAGCCAUCUAUGUCUGGAGUGCGUAAAGCAGAGCCAACUCUGCCUGGAGUGCGUAAAGCACAGCCAACUCCGCCUGGAGUAAGUAGAACACAGUCACCUCCUCGUCGAGUACUUCCACCUGGAGUACGUGACGAACAAUCACCUCUGCGUCAGCGACUCCCGCCUGGUCAAUUGGUAACUUCGAUACCGAAACACAAAACAUUACACUCUACACCCCCACAUAAAACACGACCUGAUCUAAAACUCUCACAGAUAACACUACAUUCAGCACUUUCGCACAAUAAAAAAGUUCGUAGUACACUUCAAGAUAAGACACUACCUACAACACUCCCACGCAAUACACAACUUGAGAAACAGACACCAAAUACACUAACAUCGUCACAAAAGGAAAAUGUACCUCGCCAUAGACAGCCUCAGUUAUCUGGAUCUGCAUGCGCAUCUGGAAACUUCAAUGAAGUUACAUCGAGCUUUCGUGGAUCAGCCACUUCUAUACUUCUACAGCAAUCUUUAACGAAAACUGAAAAUUACAUCGAGAAAUCAUCGACGUCGUUGCAACAGAUUGACGAGUCGCGUAAGACAAUCGAAGAAUCAACUGGGUUUAACCGUCAGAAAAUAACAACACUGGAAAAUGAAGUGAGACAAAAUACUAAGGGACUCAAGCAAGUUCAAGAAGUUCUGAAACAAGUAAACAGCACAAUCGAGAGGUCAGCAAAGAGGUAACGAACCACAGCGAGAGAUAGACCGCCAUAUCUCCCAUUUUCAACAAGAGAUGACAUCCUUAUUGUUGAACAUUUCGAUGGCGAAAUGUAUGCUGAUCUUGUAGAUUAUUUAGAUUACUUGAAGCAAGGGAAUGCAGGAGCUACAGCAGCAAACUAUUUCAAAAAUUGUAUCAAGAUGACCGAUGAUUUGUUCACUAACAUGACCUGGACUGGCUCUAAAAAUGCCUUAAUAUUACUCAACACACGAUUCAUGACAGCAUGCGAACGUAAGCUAUUUUCUAUGUACAUUUAAAAGAAAAGGUUAAACAUAUUCAAAAGUGUUCCCCAGGCAACUGGAAGAGCCAAGUGUCAUCGAAAGAGGUGCGAAUGAAGAGGCUGUUUUAGGACCGGAUGACAUUCCCAAUAUUGCAUUGAAGCAUACCAUCCAUGCUCAUUCAGAGGUCUUCGUAGACUUGUACAAUGCAUGUCUAGAAGAGGGAACAUUCCCCACAAACUGGAAGAAACAGCGUCUCGUGCUACUGCCAAAAGGAAAGAAGCCACACCAGGAUUCCUCAUCAUACAGACCACUCUGCAUGUUGGACACCCCGGGUAAGAUCCUGGAACGCAUAAUCUGCGUCAGAAUGGAUCAUUUUAUAGAAGGAAAAGGUGGAUUAGCGGAACACCAAUAUGGCUUUAGGAAGAAUCGUUCAACCCUGAACGCAGUUAGCCUAGUGAUCGACACUGCGCCAACAGCGAUAGAGGGGAAAAGAUGGAAGGGAGGAAAAAAGAAGUAUUGCGCCAUAGUUACAUUGGAUGUCAAAAAUGCAUUCAAUUCGGCCAAAUGGAGUGAAAUACACGAAGCACUCCGUAAACAGGAUGUACCCUUAUAUAUAAGAAGAAUGAUGUCCGACUAUUUGAAGGACAGAAUCCUAUUAUAUGACACGGAGGACGGUACCAAGACCUAUAAAGUUACAGGGUACUAAGACUAUAAUUACCUGAAGGAGCAACAGUCGUGGACUUCGCUGACGACAUAGCAGUAGUGGUAGUAGCGAAACAUAAAGAAGAGGUGACAGAAAUAGCGGAAGAGGCGACCCGUAUAAUACACGAAUGGCUAACGGAGACGGGUCUGGAACUAGCCAGCCACAAAACGGAAGUUAUUCUUAUCUCUAGUAGGAAGAAGAUGGAGGAAAUUAAACUGACGGUAGAUGGACAUGAGAUAGCUUCUCAACCAACCAUCAAGUACUUGGGCAUCACCAUCGAUGCAAGACUAACUUUCAAAUAACAUCUGGAAAUAGUCAGCGAUAAAGCAGCAAAAGUCGGUGCUGCUCUAUCACGAUUGGUGCCAAAUGUAGGAGGCCCAACGAAGGUUACUCUUAGCCAGUGUAACCACAUCGAUUAUGCUAUAAGGAGCCUCAAUAUGAGCAGAUGCCAUGCGGGUGAAAUCGUAUGCCCGAAUGCUAACCAUUGUGUACAGACGAAGUGCACUAAGAGUGGCGUCCGCUUACCGUACAGUAUCGGACAAUGCGUUGUGCAUUAUUUCUGGUAUGCCGCUGAUUGACCUAUUGGCGAUGAAAAGUAAGGAAGUAUUUUAAACUAAAAGAAGAACAAGUGACAAAACUCAGAAGGAGAUCUAGGAUGCAGCAAGAAAAAAGACAAUGGCUGAAUGGCAAACAAGAUGGGAUGUGAGUGACAAAGGGCGAUGAACAUCGCCUUAUACCAAAAAUAGAGGAUUGGACUGGAAGAGAACAUGGGAAGGUCAACUACUACCUCACACAUUGUUUAACCGGGCACGGAUGCUUCCGGGCUUAUCUGCAUCGAUUUAAAUUAGACGACAGUCCGAACUGCCCAGCUUGUUUGGACGCUAACGAAGAUGCGGAGCAUGUUCUCUGUGACUGUUCGCGAUGCCAAAUGGAGCGAGAAGAACUCGAGUGUUAUCUCCAGACCAGAGUGACACCUGAGUCAAUGAUGACAACUAUGUUGACAUCGGAGUAUGGUUGGAACGCAGUAAAAAACUACGUAGGGCUAUCCUCAAGAAGGUAAGAAAUGACGAAGAGAAAAGAAGGCAAAGACAAGGCGAAACAGCGGAAUAAAAAUGUAGCUAGACGAAGGUCAUUGAGCCGUGUCGGGGUUGAGGCUGUCCAGAGGACGCCGGACGAUGCCGCACGAAACAGACGACCGGACGAUGCGGAAAGAAGCAGACGCCCGGACGACGCAGAAAGAAGAAACGUGAUGACGACCACAUCAAUUAGAAGAGGCCGUAAAAGCCUUUCGCCCCCCCCCCCCCACCCCUCUCCCCACGAAGCACUACUCGACGGUUGUACCGCGGGGAACAAGCCCUGGGAGGGCACAGAAGACGGAGCUAGGUGCGCCUCUACCGAGGGUCGAUAAAGACAAAGAGGGCGUUCCUUGGUACGGUUGGGUGUUUCUCAUCUGGCCGUAAAAAGGAUGGGUUUAUAGUCGGUGUGAAUCCGACACAUGGCUGACAUUACGGAUGGAGCUGUUUCGACGACCCCAUAAACAAAGUGACGCUAUGGUCUUUCUAAGAUUUUCCCAAACACCUCUUCUCCUAGAGAGAAAAAAAACACACACACGCAUACAUACGGAUAUUUUCUAAAAACACUUGAUUUGAACUUCUAACACACCAAAAAGUAUUAUCUAGAUGUUUUGACGAAACUCAAAAUUUUACUAUUGCAAAGCUUCCUCUGGGAGGAAGCAAUAGAUCAGAUCCAAUAUUAUAAAAAGUAACACUUUUGAACACACCUCACCAUAAAGUUAGUACUUUAUCCCCGGCGAGUCGGGAAUAAAGAGCUACAUGUAUGUACAUAGAAACGGAGGAUUCAGAGGAAUAACAAGAAUCAACGACGAAUUUAACAUCGGCUACCAUAUCUAUAGCUAUGGGGAGCACUGAGCUUAUUCCUCGCUGUUAUAAUAUAUAGACUUGGCGCAGUGCGCUGCGCGCACUGUAGUAGACUAUUAAUUCAUUAACUUAUUAAAUGAAAUAUAAAUGCUUGAUUGAUAUUUUUAAUAUUUGUUUUCUAUCACGGAAAUAUAUCAAACUUUACAAUAUAUGAUUCAUUUCGCGCUCAUAUAAAUUUCAAAAUUGCCGCGGUUUCGUCGCCAACUUCCUUUUAAAAUUUUAAGGUUAAGUAUGUCUCAACUCAGUUCGUGUCAAAGUUCACAUCAUAUUGCUUUUUGUAACAAUAGUAAUAUUCACAAUAUAGAAUGUCAUGACUUUUUUUAUAUAGGGAUAACAAUUGAAUGGAACGGCCAAUCUUGAAAAUCUUGCAGGAAAAAGUAGGCAAUUUUAUAGUCUUUUACAUACACUAUUGUGAAAUACAUUGUAUUAAUCAUAUUAUUAAAAAAAGCAAAUAUAUUUUUUCAUAAAUCGAAAAAUGGACAUAAAAUGGUCAGAAUCAUAAAAAUAAUUUUUAUGACGAUCGGUCGCGUACUUACAGAAUUUUGACGGUACACGAACCAUCCGCACGGACAUUUUCUAAAAACAAGUGAUUCGAACUCUAAACACCUCCAAAUACGUUCCUAUCAAGUUUUAGGAAAACUGAAAAUUUUACUAUUACAAAGCUCUCUCUCUAGGAGGAAGCAAUACAUUUUGUGAUGUAUGGCAUUAUCAUGUGACUUUGAUCGAAUUAAGGCACGAUAUUGAAAUGAGAUAAAUACAUAAAAUCAUUAUUGAGAAAUUACAAAUACAUUUUUGUGUUCUGAAUGAAAAAACUCAAGAGGCAAAUUCAUGUUAGUACGUGCUUCAGAAAAAUUCUAGAAGCUUAAGACAGACGAUGCCAUUAUGAGUCUCGAUACUCAGUUUUUAUAUAUGUAUCAUAAAAACUGAGGACCGAGAGCUGAUCGACGUGACUUGCGACAUAACAACACAAGGUCAUGUGUCACUGCAAAAACAAUGACAAGUCGUAGGUGUGAGAAGUAAAUAAGGUAGAAAGAAAUUCAUGAAAAUCGACCAUAAUAUCUAAAGUAGAGCGAAUUUACACGAAUUUGAGCGACACACUGGCGUGUAUCGUUGUUAGACCGUCUCGCUCGACACGUUUACAUGAUAUGUUUGUUUAGUAAAUAACAUCGUAAAACCAUAUUCUUAGUUAUAUUAUAAAUUCAUAGCAUUAUUUUAAGAAUGAUAAAAAAAAAAGAAUAAUAAUAGUAAUAAUAAUCAUAUUUCAAACACGUUAACAUCAAAAUUUAACAUAACGCUGGUCUAAAUUUCUAUAUAUUAUAUAUGAAAGUGCAGAGCUUUUCGUCGUGAGUACGUCUACUGGCCGGGUAAUUUAUAAGCAAAUACCGACAUUUUUUCUAUAUCGAGAACAAGUCAAUAUUUUCCUUGCAAAAGGGUCUAUAAGAAUUUUUUCAGUUAGUUUAAUCACUUAACUUGAUGUUUGUACAAUAAUAGGGCGAUUAAUAAUAGAUAGACUGCAAAGAUAUCUGCUCCGAAAAAAAGUUACGAGUUAGCUCUAUCCUCUAGACGUGUCAAUAAAUAAGUUAAUCUGAUGUUACAGAUAAGAUUCUCACAUAUUUGAUGCAUGAAUGAUCCGAUCUAUUUCCCUGCUUCAUAUGGUUUAAUAUCGAACACACACAAUUAACGCGCGCGCGCGCACGCAGACACAUAUAUACACACACAGAGCAGCAGCGUCUACUCGAUUAUUAUUACAAUAAAUUAUUUAGCAAGUAAUCAGUAACAAUACUAUUUAUAUAUAAAGAAAAUUUACUUACGCAAAUGUUAACUACACGUAUAAAUAUAAUAGUUCAUUAAAUUUAAAAACUAUUUUAUAUUCUAAAAUAGAAAAAUUUCUAUGACAAGCUUCAGCAAUUUAGGCGUAAGCGAUACUGCAUGCUUGUUCCAAAUCAAAAUGUUGUACUUCCUGUUUGUACUUCCAACAAUGUGUUUUGUAGAGAUAUCGGUCGAUAAAGAAGUAUUUUGGAAUAUACCAUAUAUCGGUAUAUAUAUGCACUAUGUGUACGUACAUAUUAUGUACAUAGUCCAUAUUCUACAUAUAAAUCCAUAUAUUCCAUCCAUCCAUCCAUCCAUAUAUUUAUGUAUUAUUUAUUUAUUUAUUAUUAUUUUUGUUAUUUUUUUUAUAUAUUAUUCCAUUAUUCCAUCUAUAAAAAGAAAACUGCGAUUAAUAUAUAAUCUAUCUACAAAAAGGAGUUAACGAUUACUAUCGAAUUGAAGCUAUACCUAGAACCAAUUCAGACCGUUAUCAAAAAAUUUCAUUGGUGG